GCAUCGAACGCGUGGAGGCGAAGAAAUCAAACCAGCUCGCGAAGCGCCUCAGCCAAUCCCCUUCCAGGUCCCUGAGCCGCCGGCCAAUGAGCGGGAAGAUUUGGUGCCAGUGUCGCUGACGUCACAGACCGGAGUCCCAGCCAACUCUUUGGAACGUUCGGAAGAUAACUUUUGUGUUCCUUCGGAACUUUGUGUAGCAAUUUCGGGAGCAGCGAUGGCGCUUGAGCGCGGAAGUGAUGGGCGCUCGCAGCCCGGCGGCAGCGCUACCGAGGGUUUGCCUCAGGCUUUCUUGCACAGCCUGCGGACCCUCUUCGACAUCUUGGACGACCGCCGUCGAGGCUACGUGCACUUGCGGGAGAUCGAGUCCCGGUGGCUGCAGCAAGGGAGCGAAGCUGGGGAGUUGCCCCGGGGCGUCUUGGAAGGGCUGCGGCGAGCCGCUCCGGCCAGCGGCUACCUCACCUUCGAGCGGUUCGUGGUGGGCUUGAGAUCCUCGCUCCUCAGCCCAGACAAAGGAGGCACCUCACCGGGCCCCGCCAACAAAGGCCCCGGGCGCCCCGGCGCCCCUGCUCCGAAAAGCAGAGGAGAAGCGGAGAGGGGGUCCGGACGCGGCGCCGGCGAGUGCGCCUCUCGGUCCCAGGAGAAGAUCGCCAGCGCGCCGGCGGAAUGCAAGAGAGCAGCAACUAAAGGUGGCAGUGGUGGUAUCCGAAAGCUGGCAGGACAGGCUCAGUAUGAAAGCACCUCCAAGUUGGUAGCAGAAGUGCGGAGGCAGCCAAGAGGCCGUGGUGAGCACAGAAGACACACCAUCACCAACGGUGUGGACUACAGCAUGCUGAAGCAGCUGAAGGAGCUGGAGAAGGAGAAGGACUUACUGCUGCAAGGGCUGGAGCUGGUGGAGAAGGUGCGCGAGUGGUACCACCAGCAGAUCCAUGCUCUCCAGCAACGCCAGAAGCAGCUGGGCAGCGGCAGAGUUCACAUUGACUUGUUCGCAGAGGGCACUCUGAGCCACCAUCUCCUGCUCAAACUGCAAGCGCUGAAUCACUACCUCAGUGAGCUAUUGUCUCUCUCAGCAAAGCCACUGAACCCCAGUUUUGCAAUGGGGCAUGUGCCACCCUCUGCGCUCACGACCUCCCCUCCUCUCGUCGGAUCUCAGCAGGCCUUCAACAUGUUGAAGGAGCAGAAUCGUCUGCUCACCAUGGAGGUGACAGACAAAAGCGAGCGGAUCACCCAGCUGGAGCUGGAGAAGUCUGCUCUGAUCAAGCAGCUGUUUGAAGCGCGUGCCCACAGCCACCACGAAAGCAACCUGCUGGACUCCACCUUCAUCUAAGACCAUCUUUGGACAUUGUGCAGGGCUGCAGGGGGACACCAGCCCUGGCUGCAAGCAUCUUGCAGGAUCCUGUGCAGCUGCAAACAAGGUGGCGACUUGCACCUUGCCCUCACCCCUGCACCAUCUGGCCUUGGAUGCCUUUUACCUUGUGGCCGAGGUCUGAAAUCAUGACAUUGGGUGCAAUUUACUCUCCUGACGGUUGGGGAAAGGAGCGUUGAUGUGCAGGCCUGCAUUGCUCCAGCCCAACCCAUUUCAGGAUCCAGAUUUGGAUUAGCUGCUGUUCCACCCCACCCCACCCACCGGAAAUGCCGGUGGUGUUUGGUGUUUUUAUUUUAACUCCUGUCCUAUGACUCCAUUCCACUGAGUGUGGAUGUGGAAUUGGGGCUUUCACUCCAGUAUUGAUGGUCCGGCCCGUUUCCCAUGGUUAGAAGUCUCUUCCUUGACGUGAGAAAGGAGAUUAAUGGUAUUUAUCUUUAGGAUAUCUGCAACUCAUUGACAAGCAUUCCACAUUGGGGGAUCGGCAUGUACUCCAUGCUGGACCCAGCGGCAGAAUGUAAGCAUUCACACACACCCCAGGGUGUUUGUGUGGGGCACCCCCCCAAGGGGGCCUGGGAUGAAGGAAGCCUGCUGCGGCUUGCUGAUUCUUCUCCACUCCACCCCCGGGUCAGUCCUGACCCGGGAGCAGAGCUUCAAGCUGGGUGCACACUGGAGCCAGGCUCCAGUGGGAGCCUGUUGUGGGGGAACCUGGUCAUGCUUCCUCCCCAAAAUGUGCCUGGGGAAACAGCCCCACCACCACCACACUAUGCCAGUGGCUGAACCCUGGAAACUGUUCCAAAAGUGAGAUUCAAGCCCCAGAAAUGAAGUCUCUCUUUUUGGCUCAGUUGUCAGGAGUGAUAUUUCUCUUUGGCUUAAGAGGAGAGUACUCCUGAGUUCAUCCAGAGUGCUCUUUCCUCCUUUGGGCUUUGGGCAAACCUGAACCCCCUUCCUAAACCUGUGCCUGUUUUCAUAAGAGCAUCUCUGCUGAGUCACAGCAAAGGCCAAGCAGACGACAUUGGGGAUUAUACUGCCUCUUAUAUGGGAGGAUUGUUUGAGCUGUUGCAGCUAAUGGACUUCUCAUUUCAUAUCAGGUGGUUGGAGGUUUUCAAGCAAGCCUGGAUUCCUCCAGGACAUAGAUGGAGUAGGCUUAUUUUAUGUUGCUGGCUAUUUUAACCAACUAUUUGCAGGGGGUUGGAC